CACAUCUGCAAACAUUACCCUGAAAUUCAUAAAUGUUUAGGCGAGCAUACACAAGGUCAUGGUGCAACCAUAACCCCUUCCAUUCAACCCUGUCAAGCGUAGCGACAUGCAAUGUUGUAGGUCAAAGAUCUGCUACAAGAGCGUUACUACACCUCGCUACUAUGAAUUCACUUGGCGUUCGAGUCCAAUCGACACCUGUAUCUUCGACAAUAUAUAGUUGUCGUCAUUACCUUCAUCAGAAUACCUUUGAAUCACUAGGCAUUUAUCCUCCCUUGGUAUCCAAUCUUAAAAGCACAAUGGAUAUUGAGGAACCCACAGUAUUGCAGAACACAUUUAUUCCUCCGAUCCUUGAGGGCAGGGAUGUCUUGAUCAGGGACACAACUGGAUCAGGAAAGACAUUUGGCAUACUUCUUGCAUUGCUUAGCAAACCUCGUCGACGAGUUGGCGUUGCGCCCCUAGGUGAGAGCCGACCAGGCAUCACAUCUGUGAUUAUCGUGCCAAACCAGGAAUUAGCCUUUCAGCUUGAAGCUUGGACACGCUCACUGUUGCCGACAUUAACGGAUCAGCAAUUCGAUGGAUUGAUCCAAACUAUCUAUACACCGUCUAUGGCGUCUCUGGACAAUGGCCGAGAAUCCAUGCUCGAUAAGUAUGAGACUCUGUAUACGAAUAAACAUCAUCAACACGCUCAUCGGCUCCCAUUAAAACAACUAAUCGCGCAAUCAUCAGCAAAAUCCGCAGUACACCAGAAAAAGGAUGAGCAGAUCCAGAGAUUGGUUAGGACACUACCUCAUGUACUCAUUGCCACUCCAGUACGGCUCUGGGAUUUAAUUCAACAAGGUAUUCUUGACUUGUCUAUGGUUGAGACACUAGUUUUGGAUGAAGUCGAUCAUUUAAUCCGCCUUCCAAAACGAUUUGCUAGUCAGAAGGAGAUUUUCAACCGGGAUCGCCACCCAAAACCUGCGGAGUUGGCUGUACGGGAAAUCAUGAGAUCAGCUCGAGAGGCAGGACGUUAUGACAACAAGUCUGGAGAUAGUGUCACUGACAGAAUACAAGUCAUUGCAGCAUCUGCGACUAUGAAUCGACCAAUGCGGCACUGGUUAGAAACUAAUAAUUGGGUACAUGAUCAUAAAUGGGUCGAUACCACUAAAAGCGUGAUAUUGCCUAUGGGAAUCAAGCAGCAUUGCCUUGUUGUCGGACCCACAUCUGUCAGGAACAUUCGAUUGGCAUCUGAUUUCUCACGUUGGAAAUAUGAGAAGGUUACUCAUGCGGAAGAGUUUGAAUCCGUAGCUGUAAAGAAGGAUGAUAUGCAGGAAAUUGACUGGGAAGAAACAGAUCAAGCCUGGCAGAAAGCCGGGAGAGAAUCUAUGUAUGGUAAUGACCGGGGUAAGGAUAAAGAAAAAGGCCGAGACAAGGAAAAGAGCUGGGAAGAAUGUCAACUACGGGUACAUGGGGCUGCGCCGGAGCUAGAGGGGGCAACAGCGGUUGAGAAGUUUAACGAUGAUGAUGAUCGGAUGUUGGAGGCUGUGGCUAUGGCCUGUAUGUUAGACAAAGUUGAUACCGCAUGUGUGUUCUUUUGUACAUCAUUCAGUCUCAAUCAAUUGGCUUUUCGACUAGAACAUGACUUUGGCAUCAAUGUUAAACAGAUUGGGAGCGCUUUUGAUCACCAUCAGCAACAGAAGGAGCAGAAGUUAGAGUUGGGUACUAUUGUUCAGAGUGGCCAAAAACUAUCGAAAGGUAUUUAUAUUGCACAUGAGAGCAAUGCUCGAGGUCUGGAUUUGCCAGGUGUGUCGCAUGUGUUCAUUGUAGGACUGCCGUCAGCACCGUCGAGUUAUGUGCACAUGGCAGGACGCACAGGUCGAAUGGGUAAGAAAGGACAGGUGGUGACUAUUAUUCGAGACGAUGGUCAUUUAGAGGACCGAGCCAGAUCCCUAUUCAAGACACUUAGUAUUGAUAUUCAACCAUACUGUCAUGUUGAAUAACAGUAAUAAAUGUUAUAAAAGAACCG